CCGGUUGAUGAUAUGAUAUACUUGCUGCCCUCCUGUCUCUCUUGAAUUAUGCAAUAAGGGCGCGUAUCUCUGGCUAGCCUGAGUCUGCUGAUGGGCUACCUCCGGAGGCGCCUGGUGCUCUUAACCCUAUCUACUUCUUGUUUUUUUUGCCUUCCAUCAAUAAGGCUGCCGGCGUCAACUUAUCUUGCAAGCUAGACGUUCGCUCUCAAGAGAGCUGGGUCGGAAGUCGAUGGAGCGCUUUCUUGUCUCCUAAAAGUCCCCGCUACACCGGCGUACGAUUAAGAUCAAAUUUGCCAACACUAUUCCGCUGCAAAACCACGAGCGGGAUCGCGGAGCAAUUUAGUCCUCGUCUCCUCUGGGUCUCGACCGGGGUCUGAAUUCUUCGCUGCGAGCAUGGAUGAAGCUGCACCACCCUGCCCACACCAUUCAACAUAAAGAACGCCUCUUGUCCGUCAGAGGUGUACAUACUACACCCACACUCCAUAAUGACGCGCCAAACUGUACGGACCGGCUCGAAAAUUUCGUGAAGAGCCAUACCGGUGACGAGCCUCACACCAAAGUCGGUUGUACAACAGAAGAACAGCAUUCUGUCUGCUCUCAAAGAGAUGAAUCGGCAGGGACUUCGACCGGAGCCACACCCCGUUCCCCAUCUUUCGAUAUAAACCCUUCGGGAUACGACGAGUCCAACAGCAAUACUGAGGAUUUAUACGACCCUCUCUUUGAUGACGAUUUUGAUCUCCAGGGAUUCGAUGCAGUCUUGCCUUCCCGGAAAAGGGAUGGAGACGAGGCUUUUCCCGAUGAAUGUGCUUCUUGGGACCAACCGAGCAAGAGGCAGGUCACUGAGCCCAAACAAGAUCUGACUACAGUGUCUCCGGACAAUACACCCUCGUUAUCAUCUCUAGAUUCUGUUCAGCCUGAUCAGGGUGGCACGGGACCACAUACGCCAUCGGACAUCGAAAAGCAACAGUCGCUAGCUACUCUCUUCGACCCUAUAGACCUCCUGCUUGAAGACCCGACGUGCGACAUUGCUUUGAAUAUUCCAGAUGGCGAGAUUCCUUUCAGCUUUGAUUUUCAAGGCGCGUGCAAUGGACAAGAAUUGAAGGAGGAUAUCCGAACAAUCUAUGAUAUACCCGACCAAGCCCUCGAACUGCCCUCGAUCAGCGAAAUUACCAAGGAACGGUUCUCUCUCAAUGAUUCAAACAUCAUUGACAACACUCACCGCGAGGUCCUGCAGCAGGUCUACGUCGAGCCAGAGUAUGCCUCGCCAUAUCCGGCUCAUGGAGGGCCCUUGGGAUAUCUUCCAUCAGCCCCAGGGCUCCACGUCAGGUGCAUGGAAGUGUCCGAGGAUCGGAUAAACUAUCGUCUCUCGAACCUGCGGACCAAGGUUCAUCAGCUGACGCUUGAGCGCAACAAAUACAAACAAGAGUUAGCACGGGUGUCGGACCUGACAGCCGUGGACCCGGAAACGGGUAAGACGAAAAGGCAGUUACUACUUGAGCAGAAUGCUAUGCUGCGGCGGGUGUGUUCGCGGCAUCGACAACGUGUGGAAGAGUACAAGCAAGAGGCUGCUGAUUGGAAGAAUAAACUUCACCAUCUUAGCGUGACCCACAAUUGCCUUCUGUAUGAGAUCCAGACACAGAACCAAGUACCCAAGGUGAAUCCAAUGCCACCGGGAUACAAACCGCCUCGGGUUCGCCAUGUCAACCCAGAUGCACAAGCCGUGGAUUCCUCGGCACCGCCAAGUGCUUCUGCUGGGGGCCCUUCAGUGCCUGGAGCUAGAGCUGAACCACUGAUGAUAGACCUGACGGACGAGCCGGGCGAUGAUGUGCCCGCGGAAACUCCCGAAGAAUUUCGACGACGCACGGAGAUGUUCCAGUCGUUACGAGCGAAAAAAUACCCUUGGCUUGCCGAUGGUGAAGCGGAGGUCGGCAAUCCUGCCUUGCGCAUGACCUCUGGGUCUCCGGCGCAGGGUUCCCCAAGCUCUGCGGGUGGGCCUCAGGAUUCCGGGCGGAGCCGGGACCACCGGCCAGCGAACCCCCCACGCGACAUUGCGUCAGCCGAUCCUGCCCAUCAUGACGCCGACUUGGCUCAAAACAUGGAGCCAGAGUUGGGGCAGGUCUAGUUGACGUAUGUGAAAAUUAUCUUGAUACCCUUGUUUAUUUAUCGGUCGAAUCACGACCUGGUGGGGCGUUGAGGAUUGUGUAAUCCAUCCAUCAAUCAACAUGAAUUUU